CAUCGAUCAUAUAUAACUAAUAUCGUCAGUAAUAGUCGUGGUUUGUAGCUGAAUAACUUAUUCCAGACUGUCAUGAAUAAUUUAAUGAUGAUCAUAUCAAUGUACAGGAAGACAUUAUGGGCUGCCGCGCUCGCAGUAUGUAUUUCAAUGACAACAGCCGAAAAUUCGACUAAUACAAUAAAACAGUCAGCUGGAAAUAAGUUAAAUUGUAUGACUCGAAGAUGUGUAAUGGAUAAUUUAGAAUUUGAAUUCAAUUUGAUGUCUAAUAUGAAUAUGAGCGUCGAUCCCUGUGAUAAUUUUUAUGAAUUCGCUUGCGGUAAUUUUGAUAACUUUCCCAAUGAUUAUGCACAAUUUGUACACCAUUACUUUGAUGUCUUACCAAGCAGCAUGUAUAAUAAAAUUCACAAUUCACUAAAAAGAAGCAAACCAAUGGAUUCACCUAAGCAAUUUCAUUUCCUGAGAGACUACAUGAUUUCUUGUGGAAAAGUAAACUUUAAUAACAACGAUAAGUAUCCUGGUAUCAAAGCAAAUAAAUUUAAUGUUUUAAAAGAAGUAAUAUCUAAAUUGGGUGAGUGGCCCGUUGUAAAAGGCUCUGAAUGGAACGGCACUAAUUUCGAUUGUAUGAGUUUUAGUAACAAAGCAGGAAACCUUGGCGUCAAAGUACAAUUAUUUUUUUCUGUAUUUAUUGAUUUACAUCAGGAAGUUAAACAAUAUUCUUUGUCUCCACAAAAAUUUGAAUUUUCAUACGAAAAUAUAAAGGAUCUCCAGAAUAAUAUCACUAUCACUGCUUACUAUAAGUAUAUGGUCGAUGUUGCUAAACUUCUUGGUGCGAAUGAAACACAAGCAAAAAUAGAACUCAUGGAAUCAUUGAAAUUUGAAUUAAAACUUAUUAAUAUAACCAAUAACAACAAUAUAACGUCGAAAAAUGUAAAUAACACCAACGGAAUGUCACUCAAGGAAAUAAAAGAAAAAUGGCCAGGUAUUGAAUGGGAUAAAUUGAUGACUAUGACAAUUGAAUCACAAGAAAUAUUUUACAGCCCAAACGAAACGAUAAUUUCUAUAAAAGAUCACAAUUAUGUAACUGAAUUAGAAAAAUUAAUGAAAGAAACUCCUAAUAAAGUGCAAGCGAAUUACGCUGUAUGGAAGACAAUUCAAUCUUUAAUUCCAAUGGUCGACUCUGUUACUCUAUCUAAACUUCACGUAACAUAUUCUAAAAUAAGAAACCCAUCAGCUGCAUUUCAACAUAUUAACUGCUUCGAAUGUCUUAAAAUGCAGUUACCAGAACUUUUGUACUUUUACUAUGUACAUUAUUUCUCAACCGACAAACGUACCAAAACUUAUGCAGAUCAAUUGACUUCCGACAUGAAAAAAAAACUUUUAGACAUUUUAAGUAACACGUAUGCGUCAGAUAUUAAAACCAAAAAUAAACUAACUUCGGAAAUCAAUUCUUUAAGGUUUAUCGUUGGUUAUCUUGACGAAGUGUUUGAUGAAAAAAUAUUGGAUGGAUAUUAUCAAGACCUUGAAAUAACUCCUGACAAUUAUUUAAAGAAUCAGUUGAACGUGAAUCUAUUCAAUCGCAAAAAAUUUCUAAAAGUGUUGCAGCAUCCCCUUAAUUCGAUUAAUUGGAUGGAUAUUUUCAAACUAUCGAAUCCGUUUGAAUUCGACGGUAUCAACUUUGAUCAAUUUGAUACUAUUAUUGUAGGUAUCACAAGAUUGAGAGAUUUGUUCUUCAGUACUAAUCAUCCAAAUAACUACAAUAUUGGCACGCUUGGAUUCACUAUUGGGCAUGAGAUGGGUCAUACCGUUCAUGGUUCUUACGAUGCUGUUGAUGAUUUCGGAAUAAAAGAUAACGGAUGGAGUCUCUUGGCUGAUAAGAAGUUCAAGGAAAUAGAAAACUGCUUAAUAGAACAAUUUUCAAAUUAUUUCAACGACGCAACUGGGAAAAAACUUAACGGUUCAAUGUAUGUGAACGAAAAUAUUGCCGACAAUGUUGGUAUACAAAUUGCUUAUGCGGUCUACCAAGAUCGGGUCAAAAAGCAUGGACCUGAAGCAACUAACUUGCCUUACAAUUCGAACCAGUUGUUUUGGCUAUCAUAUGCAACUCAAUGGUGCACAUCAAAGUCAUCAUUAGAGGAAGUGGAUUUGACCGAUGAGCAUGCUCCAAACGAUAAACGUGUUAUUGGACCGCUUUCAAACAGCCCAGAAUUUUCUAAAGAUUUCAAUUGUCCUUUAGGCUCAAACAUGAAUCCUGUUAAGAAAUGUAGCGUAUUUUAAUAAAAAUAUUUAAUUAUUAUUUAAAAUCAAGGUAAAACCAAUAACUCCUCGUAUAUUUUGAAAACGCUGUUAUUGGUGAAUUUUUCAGCUCUUCGCGCUUAAGAAACGGCUGAAUCAAAUAAAUAUACAUUUCGCUGAAAAAUUUA